AUGGCAAUCGAAGAGCCGAUGGACGUAGAAGAAGAUGUUGCUGGUUGGAAACACUUGCCACCAGAAAUUCGUAUCAAUAUUAUCGCUCGUUUGCGAUUCUUUGAAAAGCAGAACAUGAUGCUUGUAAACUGGGACAGUUACGACAUCUGUGCCACGCUACCAAAUAAACUUCACGAGCUUGGUAUCACAGAGUUCCCUUCAACAGCUAAAACAAUGCUCAUAAUGAAAUGGAAGAACGAUGCAGGUCGAGUUGUCAGCAGAAUGGUUGAAUUCCGUGGAACUUCCUUGCGUCAAACCGAAUGUCCGGAACAUACUGCAGAUGCGAUGAGAGCCUUUUUAAGAAUUUGGAGACUUUCAAAAAUCAAGAGCGUUAUUAUUGAGAUUCCAUGUUUCGAAGGGCUUGCCGGUAUUUGGGAUGAAAUGAUGGCUGGAUUCAGAACUAGUAUUGCUGUUCGAAGUUUCAAUAUCCGAACUAACGACUAUCGACUUGUGACGAAAGCAUUGACUGCUACAAAGAAUCGAGGACAGGAUAUCUCAUUACUUGCAAACGACCACGGUGGCAUGGAAACUGCAGUAUUUGACAUCGAUAAAGUUAAAAACGCUCGCAGUGUUAUUCUUUGGUCGCUUAUCAGUAAUAUUCAAGACCAUCAACUUCUGGCACUUACCGCUCAUAAUAUCCGUCUUCACAGUGAUUUUAUAACUUCAAACUGUAUAGCGAAAAUGAUCCAAGAAUGGAAAGAUGGGAAAAGAUCACUUGAACGUCUUCAUAUAACUUCCCCACUUAUUGACUUAGAUGCUGUAGUCAGACAAGUCAAUGGAGUUUGCUGGAAAAAUAUGACAGAUAUUUGUUCUAUAAUCUGGAGGGAAGUAGACGAGGAAGGAUAUUCUUUCGCAACGCGUGGGCCAACCUAUGAUAUUCCAGCUGCAAUUGGGCUAAUUCCAGGCCAAGAUGGUACCCCGACAUUUAUUUUCCGUAUAAUCCGAAUGACACACGAAAUGUCUCGAGUUGUCUACGAGAGGUGUUCCGUGCAAUGCCCAAAUAUGGUCAGCUCUGAGGACAUGGCAAGAAAACAAAAACAACAGCAUGCCUAA